UCCCCCUUGCCCAGAAGCAGCAGCAUCAAUGACAAACUUUCCUUAUAUGCCUCUGGUGAGUAUUCCCUACAAGCAACCAGCAGCACCAUUGGUGAUCUUUCCAUCUCUACCUCCAUGGAGCACAGUGAAGAAGCAGUCAGUAGCAGCACUAGCAAACUCCCCAUUUCAUCCUCUGAAGCUAAUCUCGCUAGUCGACCUUCAAUUAAUGGAAAAGUUUUUACAAUAACUUCACUCUCCUCAGUGGUCUCUCAACAGGGCUUUGAUGAGAUUGCUAAUAAUGUCACAGAUGAGAAAAGAAAAUCUCUUCAGAAACAAGGAGUGCUAGAGACCAACAUGGAAUUGCAGGAGCAUGAUUAUCAAAGGGAAGAACAUGGAAGUCAUGAAGAGGGCCUAGGAGAUAGUGCACUGAGUCCCUCUCAUCAACCUUCACUUCUUGAGGGAGAGUAUGUUACAAAACCAUCACUCUCUUCAUUAACAUCUCAACCUACCUAUGCUACCAUCAUGAGUAAGACCAGACGCUCUUUACAGAAUGAUGUAUAUUCAGCUGUUGAUGAGACUGUUUUGGACAAAAAGCCUAGUGGGGAACAUGAACUGGGCCAGUCCACUUUGCAAGAAAGCAGCAGCAAAAAUGACCAACUUUACUUAUCUGCAUCUGGCGAAUUCCCCCUACAAGCAGCUAGCAGCUACACUGGCAAAGUUUACAACAGUGAGAGCAGCAGACCUGACAACAGCAGCAAUGUUGGUGACCUUUCCAUCUCUGCCUCCACGGAGUACUAUGAAGAAGCAGGCAGUAGCAGCACAGACUUUAAAAUAGAUGCUCGUAAAAACUGGUCUAUUGUACAUGACAAGUACUACUGUUAG